AUGAGCGAAAAGACAGAGAUUGGCGAAGGCAGCGAUAAGGCUGAAGUGCCACCGACUGCUGUCUCCUUUUUUGACCCCGCGCUGAAGUCGGUUCGACGUCAAAUCUUUAUCCAAUGGGGGCGUACAGUUCUUACGCUUUGCGUCUUCAUCCUGUGUAUCCUUUCUCUAUACUGGGCCGUUCAGUUUCGCGUCGAACAGAAUCUCCAUUCGCUAACGAUCUGGGUUGUCGACUUUGACGGCAUGGUCGAUCCAUAUCGCGGUACGAAACCAGUCGUCGGGCCUGCGGUGACGGAUGUGGCAGAGAAGAUAACCCAAACCCCGGAAACCGGCCGAUUGGGAUAUAUGAUAAAAUCUCCGGAUGAGUUUAACUAUGACCCUUGGGCCGUGCGUCAGGGGGUGUACGAUGAGCAUGCAUAUGCCGCCAUCAUCGUCAAUACGAAUGCAACUACCCUUCUCCACGAUGCUGUCAAGAACGGAAAUUCCUCGUAUGAUCCCACCGGAGCCGUGCAAUUCGUUGUUAUCACUGCUCGUGACGAAUCGACAUAUUCCAGUUAUAUCACACCGGGGUUGACGGCUUUUGCGAACACCGUUUUGGCAGAAUUCGGACCACGUUGGGUACAGACUGUUGUACAAGAAUCACUGAACAUUUCGCAUGUCCCCCAAGCGAUAAACCCAGCGAUUGGAUUCAACACUGUGGAUCUUAGGCCAUUCGGCCCAGCCGCUGCAACACCCUCUGUGACGAUCGGUUUGAUUUACCUGAUUAUCAUCGCCUUCUUUAAUUCCCCCUUCCUGAUGCCGAUCCAUGCACAAUUUCUCAAAGGCAACCAUCCUCCGCUCAAGAUUCCCCAGUGGCUGGUUUGGCGUGUGUGUUCCAACAUCACAGCGUACUUCUUCCUGUCCCUUUUCUACUCGUUCGUGUCGUUGGCUUUCCAGAUCCCGUUCACCAACUCUCCGGCACCGGACACAGUUUCCGCUAGCAAUCCAAAUGCCUAUGGACAUGGAUCCUUUGUGGUGUUCUGGAUGUUGAACUGGGUAGGCAUGGCUGCUCUCGGAUUUCCGCUUGAGAAUAUGGCUAUGGUCUUGGGAUUCCCCUGGAGCUCGCUAUUCCUUAUCUUCUGGGUCAUCAGUAACGUUGCUACCGGCUUCUAUGCGUUGGACUUAGCCCCAGGGUUCUUCCGAUGGGGUUACGCAUGGCCAUUACAUCGCAUUGUCGAGGCGUUGCGUACCAUCCUCUUCGGGACUCAUUCUCGCAUCGGCCUGGAUUUCGGCGUCCUUUUCGCAUGGAUCGGCAUAUCUAUUGCGUUCUUCCCGUUUGCGUCCUUCAUCAUGCGCUGGAAGAUGAAGCGGGGACUGUAA